AUGAGCGAGCAGACUCAGCAAGCCGCUUUGGACGCGCUGGCGUAUCAAAGAGCUCAAUUACAAGCUCAAGAAGCUCACUUGGCUCAACAAGUCGCGCCUUCUUCGCCAAGCACCGCAUCGCUAGGCUCCCCCGUCAACCCUUCCACGCCUGCUAGAUCUUCAAUGGGCGCUGCUGCAGCCAAUGGCAGUCCUCUCGCCACUUCCAACCCCUUUGCUACCAGUGCCGGACCUCAAAGCCCAACUAUCCCCAGAAAGGACCCAAAGAGAGCUAGCAUCGCUGCGGGUGCUGGCUUCAAUCCUCUUGAGGCUGCGGCCUCUGGUGCUCAAAACACUCGGUACGCUCCAGGAGGGAAAGUGCGCUUGACUGACUACGUGAGUCGAAGCUGUCGGUUCGUAGAAAAGUGAUGCCUGAGCGCUUCAUCUAGGAAGCCCUUGUGUUCCGGUGUCCGCUUCUCGAGGCUGCUGCCUAAGAAUGGGCAUCAGUAACUCGUCUUGCGUUGUAGUCGAUGUCGCGCCCUACGCUUAUCCUGCUCGCACCUGCGUUCCUUAGGCUACCAUCGCCAACGCGCCGCUCCCGGCCGAAGGCAAUGGCACUUUUAACAACCUUCACCUUGGCUUGCUCGUCUUCUUCACCCCGGCCAUUCUUCUUCGAGUGAUCCCCUUCUUCAAGGCAAGCUGGGUCCCCUGGUGGCUCUACUGGAUUCUAGUGAUCGUGAUCGGAGCUCCCGUGACCAUUGGCUACUGGACCUUUAUGAGCAUUUACGGACCUCGCAAAAACGAAAAGGUCAACUUGCCUGGAAAACCCGUCGAGGAGUACAUUACCAUUCACGAUGCCGAACUGAAGCGCAAGUAUCACGGACGCAACAAGAUCCCGAUGCAACCUUUCCACGAUGCUUACUUCGAUGGCAAGAUCGAUAUCAAGGGUGAUAUGCUGGAUCUAUUGGAGCACAGGCUGGAUUGGUCCCACAUGCACUUUACGCCCGAGCUCUUCAAAUUCGUCUUCACUGUACUCGUCCCAGAUGUCAUCCGACACACUGAGAAGCAAGAUAUGGAGCAAGUGCGCGAUCACUACGACCGAGGCGACGACUUUUACGAGUGGUUUUUGGGACCUCAGAUGAUCUACACUAGCGGUAUGAUCAGCGAUCCCAGGCGCAAAGAGACUCUGGAAGAACUCCAGGACAACAAGAUGGCAGCUGUUUGCAACAAGCUUCAGCUGCAGCCCAGCGACAAGGUCCUGGACAUUGGAUGCGGUUGGGGAACGCUUACUGCUUUUGCUGCCAAGAACUUUGGUUGCGAUGUGACGGGAGUGACAUUGGCCAAGAAUCAGACCAAGUUCGGCAACGAGAGGAUCGCAAAAGCUGGACUCUCUUCAGACAAGGCUCGCGUGCUAUGCAUGGACUACAGAGACAUUCCAGUCGAAAAGGGUUACUACAACAAGAUUGUCAGUCUGGAGAUGGCAGAGCACGUAGGCAUCAGACACUACUCCAAGUUCUUGGCGGACAUUCACGAGCGUCUGGAUGACGAUGGGACGUUCUUGUUGCAAGUUGCGGGCCUUCGACCUACUUGGCAGUACUGGGACCUGAUCUGGGGAUUGUUCAUGAACAAGUACAUCUUCAGGGGUGCGGAUGCUUCGUGCGCCAUCGGCUGGGUCAUCAACAAGCUGGAAGCUGCCGGAUUCGAGGUGCAGUCCGCAGACGUUUUGGGUGUGCAUUACAGCGCUACGAUCCUGAGAUGGUACGAGAAUUGGAAGUCGAACGAGGCGAAGAUCAAGGCAAAGUAUGGCGAAAAGCUUUGGAGAAUCUGGCUGUACUUCCUCGCAAGCAGCGUCAUCAUUGCUCGCGAGGGUGGAUCCAGCGUGUUCCAAAUCACCAGCAAGAAGGUGAGUGCUCGAGGACCUGCAAUCAGGCACGUUUACUGCUUACACGUUAUCAUGUCGCUUGCCUUCGAUCACCAGAACCUCAACGCUACUGAUCGCGUGUCGUUCUGGGAAGGCAGAAUUCAGCCUUCCAAGUACCAGAGCGUUUACACCCCCGCUCAGUACUGA